UUAUUUUUACUUCCUAAAAGAGACGAAUUUUACAUAAUAAUCGAUAUAAUUAUGUCCGUGUUUAUCUUGUAACAUUGUAAACAUAGAAAUAUUGUAAUGUAAUUCGAGUUUUAUGUAUUAAAACAUUAGUGAUAUGAUAUGAAAAAAUAAAAGCACAAAAUGCGGUGUAGUGUACAAAAUUGUACGAAUGAUACGAAACGAACAACAAAACGUCAUGGAAUUACAUUUCACAUGUUUCCUAAGGAACCAAGCUUGCGAACCAAAUGGUUAGAAGCUCUUGGUAAGAUGGAUUGGGAACCGAAAUGCCGCAGUACUGUAUGCUCUGAACAUUUUCGGACUGAAGACCUUUAUAAAACUAAAUUUGGUCUGAGGAAAAUCAAGAAUGGAGCAGUUCCAGUUCUUGUACAAGAAUCUAGUGAAGACUUAAAUUCAUCAGCAGUUCUAAAGGUAUGUAGGAUAUGUCUUGCUAUGGACAGAAAGCUUUAUCAUAUAAUAGAUUAUAAAUUGGAUCUCCCUUACCAACAAAUUACUGGAUUGAUGAUAAGUGAAGAAGAUGAUUUGCCGCAGAAGUUGUGUUGGGAAUGCACACAUAGACUUAUAUCAUGUCAGCGUUUUAGAAAUAAAGCGAUAAUGAGUCAGGGACUAAUGACAGAUUUGUUGGAAACUGAGAAACAUUUGUCGAUAAAAAGCUUGAAAACUAUAAACAGAAAUGCAUACGGAUUGAAUUCGACUCUAAUACAAAAAUGCUACGAACCAGAUGAUUGCGAUUUUCAUAUGAACGAAGAUGUUGUACUGAAGACUGAAAUCUCUGACGUGAUAGAUGACGUCAUUAAUGACGACAGAGAUGACCCAAUCGAUGAUUUUGAAGUCAAAGUACAAGCGACACCGUUAAUGGAAUUUGAAAUUAAAAGAGAAGAUAAUAAUAUAUAUAUAAAUGAGUAUAACAAUUUCGAAAGUGAGGAUGACAAGAAGUUGAGUGAAAUGAACAAAAAGAAACCAAAGGUGAAAAGGAAGAAAAAGGUUAAAGUUGAAAAGAAACAAGCGAAAGUUAAAAAAGUUGAAGAUAAUCCAAUGAUGACUAUGGAUAAAUAUAAAAAAUCAGAUGUGAAACGACGUAAACAUAACGAUGGUUUAGAUGAAUCUCUAUUUACAAUAAAAUCUUUAACAUACGAUGAACAAAUGGAAGAAAUAAAUAAAAGGCAACAUACAACUGCGUAUGUGACAGCUCCAUACAAAUGUGAUAUAUGUUAUAGAGGUUUCAUUAUAAAAGAUAGAUAUGAUGCACAUAUAGUAAGACAUAAUGAGCAAAGUGGUGCAUAUGAAUGUUUUAUUUGCAAAACGCGUUUGAAAUCUGCGCGUGCGCUUCGAAAGCAUUUGACAGCUCAACAUACGGAACAGUUCACUUGUAAAGGAUGUCCCUUCGUUACUAGGAACAGAGGUGUUGCGAGAGAACAUGAGAAAUGGCACGCGGGUACAAAGUACCAGUGCCCGCAUUGUCCCUGCGAAUUUGACAAAUUGACAACAUACAUGGGACAUAUACGUAUAAAACAUGUAUCGGAUUUCGUUUGUGAACUUUGUGGUUAUACAUUUGUUAGUCAGAAAGGUAUAGAAGUGCAUAAGAAGAAGAAACAUCGUGUGCACGACAAAACGAUAACAUUAGACGGUCCGUAUUGUGAAUUGUGCGAUAUCAAAUUUAUAUCAGAAGAGGCUCACAGCAGACAUCUCAAGUUGUCUUCUAAACACAGCAGCGAUGAUGAUCCGAACAGGAUCCGUAAUGAUUCUCAAAGUAUGAACAGUGAAGGGGGUGUACGUACAGUUAGGCGUAUAGAGCGUCGGCCUCUCGUACACGCACGAGAUGCUGACAUUGCCCCACAGCAUGGACCCAUCUCCUGUGAACAGUGCGGUAUACAACUACGCGAUUUACGUCUUUACGCUCAACACUUCCGUCGCGAGCAUCCUGACAAGAAUCGUACCAAAUAUCCCGCAAUGAAGACCCCCGCCAUGUGUGAACAAUGCGGCAGAAUAUUCCAGAGUAUGGCAUUACUGAAAGACCAUAUGUGGGUACAUACAGGCAUCAAACGCUUCAAAUGCACCAGCUGUGAUAAGAGUUUCACACAGCGCAGUAAUCUUGUUCUCCAUCUGCGUGUGCACAGUGAGCAACGACCUUUAUACGAGUGUCCGCUCUGCGGGAAACGGUUUGCCUUCUUUAAUAAUAGAAGAAGACAUAUGUUUAUCCACACCGGUUUGAAACCUCACCGUUGUGAGACUUGCGGCAAAUGUUUCACAACAGCAGGCGAGCAGCGGGCACAUGUACAGCAUGUACAUCUCAAGAAGCCUUGGCCGAGACGAGCGCGUGCACGUCGCGACUGGGCCAAGCCGCAGCCAUAGUAACACUUGCCAACUCUAGUGUACAAUGUGCCUCCUACAAUGAUACAUGUUUCUACUCCAAUGCGUCAUGUGUCUACUCCAAUGCAGCACGCGCCUUCUCCAUCGUGGCAUGUGUUUACUCCAAUGCGGCAUGUACAUUCUCCAUCGUGGCAUGUGUCUACUCCAACGCGGCACGUGCCUUCUCCAUCGUGGCAUGUAUCUACUCCAAUGCGGCACGCGCCUUCUCCAUCGUGGCACGUGUUUACUCCAAUGCGGCAUGUGUCUACACCAACGCGGCACGUGCCUACUCUAACGUUGCACAUGGUACCCUAACACAUUGUGUCACAACCAUGACACAAUAUACAGCCCUAUUUAUGAUAUAACUCUACUGAAAUAUGAAACAAUUCCAGUACAAGGUAGUGUCCUAGUCGACAACGCAGACCUAGUAUUUUAUGGCCUAGUCCUAGGAAACUUUGCAACACCGGCAAUAACAGUUGUUAUAUUAGCUCUCUCCCUUCACAUAUAGUAGAUAUAAGUAUUUUGUCUUAAAUGUAUUUUAAAAAUGAUUGAUUGAAAAAAUA